AUGGCGACGACCACCACCAUGGCAGCCGUGCCGCCGCACCGCAGACCCCGCCCAGAGAUCACCGAGAAGCUCGCGAAGCUCAAUGUCAGGGUGAGCGAACCGAAGCCAGCAAAGAGCGACAAACAGGGCGGAUCGGGUGCGAAGCCUGCGACUCAGAAUGGAUGGAAUGGCUGGUCCUCGCAGCCGACAGCUCAAGACGGUUGGACCAAGUGUGAACCAAAGCGCAAUGGCCGCGGCGGGCACCAGGGCCGUGGCAGAGGCCGUGGACGUGCCGGUGGAGGCGGUUCAGGCUCCAGAAGCAAUCGAUGGCCUACCAAAGCCGACUUUCCCAAGCCUGACCCGACGCGCUGGGACACAGAUUGGCACGAGUCGCCCAACGCGAACGAGCACUCCUCUGGAUCUACGGCGGACAAGGGCUGGGAGAAGGAAGCUGCACAAGCAAGAGCGGAACAAGGACUGCGGGACUGGAAUGGUCAGCUAGCACCGGCGCCAAUCGACUGGGAUAGUCGUCCGGCUUUUCGAGAUGGACAGUCUGCAGAGCACAUUGAUGCUUGGAUGAGCAACAUCGAAAAGGAGAUGAAGACUACCAACCCGAAGGUCACUCUGCACGAGCUGCAUACAGUAGAGAACGUCACCUUCUAUUUUGGCACGACCGGCGUACGAUCCGCACGAUCUGUGGAGGACUUCGGCACGGAGAUGAGUGAGCAAGUGCCGCCUCCAUCAUACCAAGAAACUAGUAGCAAUGGAGAUCCUGGCCAGCAGAAACUCGAGAAUGCAGAGAAUCCCACUUUGGAACCGAUGGGCGACAUCGUCCCUCGCUACUGGAUCGAUAUUCCUUUUGGAAAACAAGCACCUCAGGACUUCUGGAAGGAUUUCAUCAAGUGCAAGACUCCCGAAACCGCGGACGACGGUGAUCUUGAUGGUGUGAAGCCUUGGUGGGAGAAUAUCGUGAAAGGCGGUCAAUUCUUACAAGUCCUGGAGCAGCCGGAAGUGCUUGGACCUGACCCUACCGAGACUUCCGAAGAGAGACUCCAACGUGAAAACGACAGAGGAAGCGACUUUGCAGCCGAGAAUCGCAGAAAUUAUGAGAUAGCCAAAAAGCAGCACAAGCUUGAGAAGCAGCAGAAGAAGGCAAACAAGAAGAAGAGGCUGGAAUUGAAGAGGCUCGAGACCGAAGCACCACCACAGAGCCCAAGGACCUUUGCACCGAGCAAAAAGAUAUUUCUUCGCGUGGCUCAUCCUGACGACGCCGCGGCGAUUCGCAAUAUCUACAACCACUACGUCGACACCGCAUGCGUCACACCAGAAAUGGAACGCGUGACAACAGACAACAUGGUGGAUCGCUUCUGGAGUGUCAAGCAGAAGAGUCUUCCUUUCAUCGUUGCUUGCGUCAAAGGCGAGGUAAUCAAGGCUCGGAAGAGAGGUCAGGAGGAUCUCGUUCUGUCUGACAGGAUCGUGGGCUUCGCGUUUGCCGACGAGUUCAAUGGUGUGAACGGCAUCUACCGAUUCACCUGCGAGGUGGGCAUCUUCGUCGACAAGGAGCACCUUAUAAAGGGCGUCGGCAAGUCCUUGCUGGACAAGAUGAUGGCCAUGCUCGACCCUGACUACCUGGAACGCGGCAACUACGAUACGCAAGGAGACGAAUUAGAGGGCGUCAGCCCCACGAGACUCAUCAAGAACGUCAUGGUCAACUUCCCGUACACGAAUCCGCGCAAGCUGGAUUGGAUGCAGACUUGGCUUGUCGGCUGGAUGGGCUUCCGCAUGAAUGGCCAUUAUGCGGGUAUUGCGACUAAAGGCGGCCAGGAGGCCUCUCUUGCAGUCUUCCAGUACACCACUGGCGCGCAGCUGGAUCACGCGAACCCACCGACCGGCGAUUACCCACGCCUGGAAAGUGCCUAG